AUAUAAGUCAAUAAAGGUUGAUUUGUAUCGUCGCAGCAUAUCCACUUGUUUUUAUCCCUUCAAUCAUUCUCCUCUUUACUACUCACUUCCCCCAUUACAGUACUAGUAAAGCUUCAACCUUUAGAUCUCCUCUCACUCCAACACUCCUCUCUUCCCCCAGAUUCGUGGAGAAUUCGAUUGCCCAUUAUCAGAAUUCGCUUAAAAAUCCAAUCUUUUUAGGUAAUUACAGAGCAAACGAUGGAUCAGAGCUCUCACGACCGUCCCACGGCGGAGGCAGGGCUGCAACUCAAUUCUGUCGAAAACCCAUCACCGGGAAGAUCAUUGGUUCCUUUCUCCGGCUCAACCUCUAGCUCCACAAGCACCACUAGCUCAGGCACCGCUCUAGCCAUACCCAAACCCGCGGUUAAGAAACCUUCAAAAGAUCGGCACACGAAAGUCGACGGCCGUGGCCGGAGAAUCCGCAUGCCGGCGUUAUGCGCGGCGAGGGUUUUCCAGCUGACGAGGGAGUUGGGUCAUAAAUCAGAUGGAGAGACGAUCGAGUGGCUGCUCCAGCAAGCCGAGCCGGCCAUCAUCGCCGCCACGGGGACGGGGACGAUUCCGGCGAAUUUCUCGACGUUGAACGCUACUUUACGCGGCGGGGGUUCGACCCUUUUCGCGCAGUCGGCAAAGUCUUCGCCUUUUCAUGGUUCCGGGAUGUCUCUGUAUGAGGAUAGUAACGGGUCGUCUUCUUCCUCUGUAGUUGUUGAUCCGUCUAGGAAGUUGUUAAACGCUCAAAACGCCGCCGUUUUUGGGUUUCACCAUCCGGGUUACCCGGGGAUAAUGUCGGCUGAGAGAAAUCAGAAGGCUUAUAGGGAAGAUUACUUUAAGGAGGCGGAAGUGGCAAGUGGGAGUUCUGAGAAACCGGGUCAGUUUCAGGAACAGGAGAUGGGUCCUGGUUCGGGUAUGGGGCGUGGGGUGGCUCAGCCUAUGUGGGCGGUGGCUCCGGGGAGUGGGAAUGGAGGGAGUGCGUUUUGGAUGCUUCCUAUGAGUGGUUCGGGUGGGAGGGAACAGAUGCAGCAGCAGCCGGGGCAUCAGAUGUGGGCGUUUAACCCGGGGAGUUAUCCGGUUGGGACGGGUCGGGUUGUGAGUGCACCGAUGGGGUCGAUGAUGUUGGGAGGUCAGCAGUUGGGGUUAGGAGUGGCUGAGGCAAUGCGUGGUGGUGGUAGAGGUGGUGGUGGAGAUGGUUUGGCCAUGACGUUAGACCAACACCAGCAUCAGCAUCAAGAGGCAAGUCAAAGUCAAGCUAGUGAAAACGGUGGUGAUGACAAGAAGGGAUGAAACACAUCUCUUGUGAGACAUUAUAGUGACCACACUCGUUGGAGGAUACCAAUUGUAAAAACAUGUUUUGGCGGUUGAAUGCUGCUAUGCCUGAGACGUUUGAAUGACAAAUAUGGUGGAUUUGUCACAUCAUUUAUGGGUUUUUUUUUGUGUGCUUUCUUGAUUUUGAUCUUUUUUUUUUUACGAUUGUGGCUUUUGGUUGAUAGAUAUGUGAAUAUGUUGGGAUCUUUCUUGGUUUCAUGGUAAUCUUUCUACGGUUCACAAAGGUUUGCUUGAAGUGAAAAAUAUCCAAUUCCAAUCUUCCCGCAAAGUAGGAACACACAGAAAAAGACACUUUACAGCCUCUAUUGUAAUAGAAAGUUUCAGCAAGUUCU